AACAUGGUUUCCUUGAUGACUGGUCUGUGGCAACUAAUUAUUCCCAUGAUUUUCCUAUCACACUUCUCAGCAUCUCUUCCAUCCCGGGAGAGGACUGAGAGACAUGUUGAUGGGCUCUUCCACAGUGAGCUCAGCAAGAUGAACAGCAAUGCCUACGUGCAGCAGCUAGUCAAACACCUGAUGGGCCUCAAGGAAAGGUCCCAGAGGCACUCAGAUGGACUGUUCACCAGUGAAUACAGCAAGAUGAGAGGAAACGCUCAGGUUCAGAAAUUCAUUCAAAAUCUCAUGGGCCGCAAGC